GAGCUCCGCCCUGGCUGGGGGCCGCCCCGCUCCGAGCCCUCGAGCGCGCCGGGGGCGGUACCCAAGAGCAGGCCGCCCCCCAGCAAGGCCGCACCGGCGUCGCAGGCCAAGCGCGGCGCGGAACACCCCGCGGACGACGGGCCAGCGGCCCCCCCCGCACGGAAGCGCCGGCGGCUGGCGCAGAAGUGCGCGCGGUCGCUGCUCUUCGUGGCGGGCGACCCCGCGGAGCCUAGCAGGAAGGCGCGCCGCGUGAGCGAUCUCUCGCCGGAGGAGGCGGCUGACUCUGGGGCUGUGCUGGGCGCCACGCUGCUGCCGCCGCUGGAUGAUUUCGCCCCCUCUGUGGGGCACUCCUUUGACGACCUCGUCUACGCGCUCCAGCACGCACACGACCGGGAGACUAGCGCUCUGCAAGAGAAGUUGGUCGUGGCAGAGUCGCAGGGUGGCAGCGAGGAGGUCUCCGACGAGUUGGGAGCGUAUCCCACCGAGGUUGACGCACUGCUGUUUGACGAUGAAGGUUUCAACGAGAAGAUGAGGCAGAAGCGGGGUAGGAUGCCAUCCAAUUUCAAGUCGACGGUGGACUCCUGGAAUCGGAAGCGCGACUUCGAGCGCAUAGACGAGCGGAUUGGGUGCACCGAGUGGGGCAACAAUAACACAAUAUUUGUGGACCCUGCACAGGCAGGUACCGUGAUCGCAUGGGGAUACAAUCGUCUCCUGUUCGGCGAUCACGGGCCAUAUGUGGAGUGCGCACACUCGCAAGUCAUUUGGCCUUCCUUCCCAAGGGUCAAGAGGAAGAGCAGGAUGGCAUAUUAUGAUGAGCAUUUCACGAUAACGGAUUCUGUGAAGGCGUACGAACAAAAGAAAACCGUCGGGGACAAGCCGAAUCCUCCCCCAGGCGAGUGGUCAGUACGAAAUGAUCGGUUACAAACAGGCUAUGCAGACUACCAGCCAGGCUGGAUUUAUUUGCCCGCUGACUCAUUGGUCGCCUGCCACGAACAAACCUGGAGGUCAUGCACAAUGUCGGGCCGGCCGCUAACUGAUUUGAAGGGUAGAGAAGUGUGGCUUGACCAGGGUCGGUCGUUAUCGAGGCUUUCAGCCUCACCAAGUUUGCAGCUGCAGCGAAAUGCGUCUGCACCUGCAGCUUUGUCAACCGAGACAUGUGGUCAGGUGCAGCGUUUGCUCUCUGAGGACACGUUAUCUGAGGAACCAGAGCCUUUGGUUAUCUUGGAGGCCUCGCCUAAGUCGUCAACCUUUGCCCUUCUUAGCAAAGCUAAGCCCCUUGCUGCCAAGUCUAAGUUUAUGGCGCGGCCUUCUACCGAAUUUGCUGGUACCAGUCCAGAGGCUGAGUAUACUGGUCCGAUCGCCUCGCCUUCCCCGUCUCCAGAGGCGGACCAACCCAGAGCUGAGUGGACAGGCGAGUUGACCUUGCAGCUAGUGGUCGGGUCGCUUUCGAAGGCUGAGCCUGCAUUAGUCAAGGAUCUCACCGACGACAUGAACAAGCUCUCUCAGGACACGGGCACAAAGGCCACUCUCGGCGUCGCCUCCGACUGCGUGGUUGUGCAGGGAGGCGAGCGGGCGUGCCGAGACGCCAGGAGGAUAUUGGAGGAAUGCGUACAUUAUUAUUUUGGCGACAUCCGCAUCACAGAGAUCCCGCCUGCACGUUCCACACCCAACCCGCAGAGUUCAGCCGCAGAGGUUGCCAGCGAUCAGCCAGCCGCUGCAAUGUCUGCACAUGUUGCCAAGGUGGCGCCAGUUGAGAAGGCAGCACCAGUUCAGAAGGCAGCGCCCCUACACAAGGCAGCGCCGUCCCAGACGGCAGCUCCGCCUCAGAAGGCGGCGCCGCCUCAGAAGGCACAGAAGGGCGUGGAAGAGAAAAGCAAGAUGGGUGAAGGAGAGACGAGAGAAUAUCCCGACUCGAAAGACACGCAAGAGGCAUCGGAUAAUGCAGAAAAGAACGCGGGCACCAGGGCGAGGGAAGGCGCGGAGGAGAAGGUUGAGGCCAAACCAAAGACGGGCGUCGAGGAUAAUACCCAAAGUGAUGCUGAGGCCAUGGCGAGCAAGAAAGUGGAUGGAAACACUAAACAUGACGCUGCAGAUAAGGCGAUGACGGAGGUGCAGGCGAAGGUCGCAGAAGAUGAGGCGAACGCAAAGGCCACCGCAACGAAGCCAGUUGAUGAUCAGGCGAAGACUGAAGCUGAACACAAUGCGAAGAAAAAGGCAGAUGAAACGGCCAAGAAGGAUGCUGAGGACAAGGCAAAGAAGGAAGCAGAGGACAAGGCCAUGAAAGAAGUGGAGGAGAAGGCGAAGAUGGAGGCCCAUGCAAAAGCGAAGAAAGAAGCAGAGGAAAAGGCCAAGAAAGAAGCGGACGAGAAGGCGAAGAAGGUUGCCGAGGCCGCAGCGAAGAAGGAGGCAGAGGCCAAAGCAAAGAAGGCUUCUGAGGAGAAGGCGAAGAAGGAAGCGGAGGACAAGGCCAAAAAAGAGGCUGAGGCCAUAGCAAGAAAGGAGGCAGAGGAAAAGGCCAAGAGAGAAGCGGACGAGAAGGCCAAGAAGGAGGCUGAGGAGAAGGCGAAGAAGGAAGCAGAGGCCAAGGCCCGGAAGGAAGCGGAGGAGAAGGCCAAGAAGGAGGCCGAGGCCAAGGCGAAGAAAGAAGCAGAGGAAAAGGCCAAGCAAGACGCGGACGAGAAAGCAAAGAAGGAAGCAGAGGCGAAAGCGAAGAAGGAGGCCGAGGUCAAAGCAAAGAAAGAGGCUGAGGCCAAAGCAAAAAAGGAGGCAGAGGAAAAGGCCAAGAGAGAAGCGGACGAGAGGGCGAAGAAGGAUGCUGAGGAGAAGGCGAAGAAGGAAGCAGAGGCCAAGGCCCGGAAGGAAGCGGAGGAGAAGGCCAAGCAGGAGGCCGAGGCCAAAGCGAAGAAGGAAGCAGAGGAAAAGGCCAAGCAAGACGCGGACGAGAAAGCAAAGAAGGAAGCAGAGGCGAAAGCGAGGAAGGAGGCCGAGGUCAAAGCAAAGAAAGAGGCUGAGGCCAAAGCAAAAAAGGAGGCAGAGGAAAAGGCCAAGAGAGAAGCGGACGAGAGGGCAAAGAAGGAUGCUGAGGAGAAGGCGAAGAAGGAAGCAGAGGCCAAGGCCCGGAAGGAAGCGGAGGAGAAGGCCAAGCAGGAGGCCGAGGCCAAAGCGAAGAAAGAAGCAGAGGAAAAGGCCAAGCAAGACGCGGACGAGAAAGCAAAGAAGGAAGCAGAGGCGAAAGCGAAGAAUGAGGCCGAGGUCAAAGCAAAGAAAGAGGCUGAGGCCAAAGCAAAAAAGGAUGCAGAGGAAAAGGCCAAGAGAGAAGCGGACGAGAGGGCAAAGAAGGAGGCUGAGGAGAAGGCGAAGAAGGAGGCAGAGGCCAAGGCCCAGAAGGAAGCGGAGGAGAAGGCCGAGCAGGAGGCCGAGGCCAAAGCGAAGAAGGAAGCAGAGGAAAAGGCCAAGCAAGACGCGGACGAGAAAGCAAAGAAGGAAGCAGAGGCGAAAGCGAGGAAGGAGGCCGAGGUCAAAGCAAAGAAAGAGGCUGAGGCCAAAGCAAAAAAGGAGGCAGAGGAAAAGGCCAAGAGAGAAGCGGACGAGAGGGCAAAGAAGGAUGCUGAGGAGAAGGCGAAGAAGGAAGCAGAGGCCAAGGCCCGGAAGGAAGCGGAGGAGAAGGCCAAGCAGGAGGCCGAGGCCAAAGCGAAGAAGGAAGCAGAAGAAAAGGCCAAGCAAGACGCGGACGAGAAAGCAAAGAAGGAUGCUGAGGAGAAGGCGAAGAAGGAAGCAGAGGACAAGGCCAGGAAUGAAGCAGAUGAGAAGGCCAAGAGGGACGCCGAUGCCAAGUCGAAGAAGGAGGCAGAGGAGACGGCCAAGAUGGAAGCGGAUGAAAAGGCGAAGAAGGAUGCGGAUGCCAAGGCCAAGAAGCAGGCGGAGGAGAAGGCGAAACAAGAAGCGGAGGAGAAGGCAAAGAAGGAGGCAGAGUCGAGGGCCAGGAAAGAAUUAGAGGAACAAACCCAGAAGGAAGCGGAGGAAAAGGCGAGGAAGGAGGCCGAGGCCAAAGCGAAGAAGGAAGCGGAGGAGAAGGCGAAGAUGGAGGCCGAGGCCAAAGUACAGAAGGAAGCACAGGAAAAGGCCAAGAACGAAGCGGUGGCGCAAGCCAAGAAGGAGGCUGAGGUAAGAGCGAAGAAGGAAGCAGAGGAGAAGGCGAGGAAGGAGGCCGAGGCCAAAGCAAAGAAGGAAGCAGAGGAGAAGGCCAAGAUGGAGGCCGAGGCCAAAGCGAAGAAGGAUGCAGAAAUGAAGGCCAAGAAAGAAGCGGAUGCGAAGGCCAAGAAGGAGGCUGAGGAGAAGGCUAAGGCGGCAGAGGCCAAGGCCAAGACAGAAGCGGAUAAGAAGGCGAAAAAUGACGCCGAGGCCAAAGCGAAGAAGGAAGCGGAGGAGAAGGCGAAAAAGGAAGCAGAGGAGAAGGCGAAGAAGGAGGCCGAUGCCACAGCGAAGAAGCAGGCAGAGGAGAAGGCCAAGAAGGAAGCAUAUGAUAAAACGAACAAAGAGGCCGAGGCUACAGCGAAGAUGGAGGCAGAGGCCAAGGCCAAGCUAGAUGCUGAGGAGAAGUUGAAGAAGGAGGCAGAGGAGAAGGCGAAGAAAGACGCUGAUGAGAAAUCGAAGAAAGAGGCAGGGGAAACGCCCCAGAAGGAAGCAGAGGACGAAGCAAAAAGCGGGGCAAGGGUCGAGGAAAAGACGAAGAGUGACGCCGAGACCGACGCCACACCGCCCAGCAAAGCUCCACCACCCGCCCCGCCGAUGCCGCCAGUGGACGACGAAGACGUUGGCAAGAGACUGCAGGGAAGAACCCCCGAAAAGGAAGGCUUGUUCAGGAUGACCUCGAUGUUGCGAGGGAAGACCUCCGAUGAGUCUGUUCCCCAUCUUCAGCAAGCGGCAAUCUGGGGACGAGGACGUGCCCGGCCGCGCACGAGCUGA